AUGUGCUUUUUAAGACGGCCGGGAGCGCCUGCAAGCUGGAUCUGGUGGAGGAUGCUGCUGCGGCAGGUGCUUCGCAGAGGGCUCCAGUCGUUCUGCCACAGGCUGGGCUUGUGCGUGAGCCGGCACCCGGUCUUUUUCCUCACCGUGCCCGCAGUCCUGACCAUCACCUUCGGCCUCAGCGCGCUCAACCGCUUCCAGCCCGAGGGAGACCUGGAGCGCCUGGUCGCUCCCAGCCACAGCCUGGCCAAGAUCGAGCGCAGUCUGGCCAGCAGCCUUUUCCCCCUGGACCAGUCCAAAAGCCAGCUCUAUUCGGACUUACACACCCCUGGGAGGUAUGGCAGGGUGAUCCUCCUCUCCCCACCCGGGGACAAUAUUUUGCUCCAGGCUGAGGGGAUCCUGCAGACCCACCGAGCCGUGCUGGAAAUGAAGGUGAACCACAAGGGCUAUAAUUAUACUUUUUCCCAUCUGUGUGUGUUGAGAAAUCAGGAUAAGAAAUGCGUGCUGGAUGAUAUUAUUUCAGUGCUAGAGGAUCUCAGGCAGGCUGCCGUCUCCAAUAAGACAACAGCCAGGGUGCAAGUGAGGUAUCCCAACACUAAAUUAAAGGAUGGGAGGAACAGUUUUAUUGGACACCAACUGGGCGGGGUAGUGGAAGUGCCAAACAGCAAGGACCAACGGGUGAAGUCAGCCAGAGCCAUUCAAAUCACCUACUACCUCCAGACCUAUGGCUCUGCCACCCAGGACCUCAUAGGGGAGAAGUGGGAGAAUGAGUUCUGUAAACUUAUGAGGAAGCUCCAGGAGGAGCACCAGGACCUCCAGCUCUACUCUUUAGCAUCCUUUAGCCUCUGGAGAGACUUCCAUAAGACCAGCAUCCUGGCCAGGAGCAAGGUCCUGGUGAGCCUCGUGCUGAUCUUGACCACAGCCACCCUCUCCAGCUCCAUGAAGGACUGUUUGCGCAGCAAGCCCUUCCUGGGCCUCCUGGGGGUGCUCACAGUGUGCAUCUCCCUUGUCACGGCAGCAGGGAUCUUCUUCAUCACUGAUGGGAAGUACAACUCCACGCUGCUGGGAAUCCCGUUCUUCGCCAUGGGUCAUGGAACUAAAGGAGUAUUUGAGCUUCUGUCUGGAUGGCGGAGAACCAGAGAAAAUUUGCCCUUCAAAGACAGGGUAGCAGAUGCCUAUUCUGAUGUGAUGGUCACCUAUACCAUGACCAGCUCCCUGUACCUCAUUACCUUUGGCAUGGGUGCCAGCCCAUUCACAAACAUAGAGGCUGUAAAAGUCUUCUGUCAGAACAUGUGUGUCUCCAUUCUGUUAAACUACUUCUACAUUUUUUCUUUCUUUGGCUCCUGUCUGGUCUUUGCUGGCCAGCUAGAGCAAAACCGUUACCACAGCAUCUUUUGCUGCAAAAUCCCUUCUGCAGAAUACCUGGACCGCAAACCCGUGUGGUUCCAGACAGUGAUGAGUGAUGGGCAUCAACAGACAUCCCAUCAUGAGACGAACCCUUACCAGCACCACUUUAUUCAGCACUUCCUCCGUGAGCAUUACAAUGAAUGGAUUACCAAUAUCUAUGUGAAGCCAUUUGUUGUCAUCCUUUAUCUCAUUUAUGCCUCCUUCUCAUUCAUGGGAUGUCUACAGAUCAGUGACAGAGCUGACAUCAUCAGUUUGCUAGCCAGUGAUUCCCCAAGCGUUUCCUAUGCCAUGGUUCAGCAGAAAUAUUUCAGCAACUACAGCCCUGUGAUAGGAUUCUAUGUCUAUGAGCCCCUUGAGUACUGGAACAGCAGUGUCCAGGAGGAUCUACGAAGACUAUGUAGUGGGUUCACUGCAGUGUCCUGGGUGGAGCAGUAUUACCAGUUCCUGAAAGUUAGCAACAUCAGCGCCAAUAACAAGAGUGACUUUAUCAGUGUCCUACAGAGUUCCUUUUUAAAAAAGCCAGAAUUCCAGCACUUUCGAAAUGACAUCAUCUUCUCCAAGGCAGGGGAUGAGAAUAACAUCAUUGCAUCUCGCUUGUAUCUGGUAGCAAGAACUAGCAGAGACAAGCAGAAGGAAGUCAUAGAAGUGUUGGAGAAGCUGAGGCCCCUGUCUCUCUCAAAGAGUAUCCGAUUCAUUGUGUUCAACCCCUCCUUUGUGUUCAUGGACCAUUAUGGCUUGUCUGUCACAGUGCCUGUUCUGAUUGCAGGCUUUGGUGUUCUCCUGGUGUUAGUCCUUACUUUUUUCCUAGUGAUCCACCCUCUGGGAAACUUCUGGCUUAUUCUUAGUGUCACCUCAAUUGAGCUGGGCGUUCUGGGCUUAAUGACAUUAUGGAAUGUCGACAUGGAUUGCAUUUCUAUCUUGUGCCUUAUCUACACUUUAAAUUUUGCCAUUGACCACUGUGCACCACUGCUUUACACAUUUGUAUUAGCAACCGAGCACACCCGAACGCAAUGUAUAAAAAGCUCUCUGCAAGAGCAUGGGACAGCCAUUUUGCAAAAUAUUACUUCUUUUCUUAUUGGGUUGGUCCCCCUCCUAUUUGUGCCUUCAAACCUGACCUUCACACUGUUCAAAUGCUUGCUGCUCACUGGGGGUUGCACACUUCUGCACUGUUUUGUUAUCUUACCUGUGUUCCUAACCUUUUUCCCCCCUUCCAAAAAGCACCACAAGAAAAAGAAACGUGCCAAACGAAAGGAGAGAGAGGAAAUUGAAUGCAUAGAAAUUCAAGAGAACCCUGAUCACGUCACCACAGUCUGAUGGGUGUAGACUAAUGGAUUAUUUUUCUUUUCCAGUAUUGCACAACGAAGCAGGGCAAGUAAAGCUCAGACCUCAGCUGCUUGGGCUGGCCAGGAGUAACAAAGCAAGUCAGAUCAAGAGUGAAUUAUUCAUUACACAUCAAAGUGUCCACUUCUUGGAGGAAAGAGAGAAUCAAAGAAGGGGGGAAAGUUCUUUGCAACCUUUUCUCCACUAAAGAUAAGUUGCUGAAUAUGAUCUAAUAGUCCUUUCAUGGAAUGGAUGAAUCAAUGAAGUAUUAGAAGGCCAAAAAACACAACUGCUUUCAAAAAUAAAAUGCUUAGGAGAGAUGGAGAAUGAGGAAAUGGGGCCUCCAAAUAGGGAAAAAGACAUAGAAAAUGUCAAAAAUUGCCAUGGCACUUUUCAUAUUUGUUUUUUGAACGGGUUAGUCAAAAGAAACCUAUGCACUUGGGAAGUACAUAUUUAAUUCUGUCUGAACCAAAGGUCUUCCCAAUCCAUUUUAUGUGUAUAUAUAUAUGUAUAUAUGUUAUAUAUACAUAUACUUAGAUUUGUCUUUAGUGUGCAUUGACAUUCGUGUGGAGGGAGAUGUCCAUUUGCAGAUAGGCUGGCCUUUCUCUAGGAAGUCAAAUCAGCCUUAGCCAAAUACAGGAGCAUUCAUGGUCACUCCAAAUCAACUCAUGUGUUUUAGAAGCAAGAGUAUUAUUCAACUGCAUUAAACACAAUAAACAGAGAUGUGAAUCUAUUAGAUUCUGAAUAUCAUGUUGUCAGUCUUUGAAAUUCUUACUUUGGAUAACUUGGCAAAAAAUACAAUAGGUAUUUGAAUUAAAUACCACAUGAACAAGGUUUAAAACCUCAUGUUAGAGCUAAAUUGUUGACAUGGCUUUUUAUUGUCUUUCAAUGGUUCUCUGUAUUUGAGGAGGCUGAUUUGGUUACAUUCAGAGAGCUCACCCACUGCAAAUGAGCACUUUACACAUACUGUCUAUACAUAUGUGUAUAAGGGUGUACAAGUAUGUAUCUUUGUGUGUGUGUGUGUUUGUGUGAGCUUGUGUAUUCAAUAGUUAUAGUGUUCUCAUUUUAGAUGGUGAAAAUAUAUUGCUGUGGAGUAUAGAUAAUUACCAUAGAAGAAAAGAGACAUAACUAAGAAACUUGUGGAAUGAAAUAGAGUAAAUGGACUGUCGUCACUCAUCGUACACCAUCAACUGGUUCUCAGUGUAAAAAAAUAUUCUAAUCCUAUAAAGUCUAUUGUGUUCCUUGCAUUGAUAUUUGGAACAUUAACCCAGGCCACAAUCACUACCAUAGUGGUCACUAUAACUACUGCAAUAUCAUUUUGUAGCUUCUUGCUGUAUCAUUGUUCUUAUAAUCUGAACAGCGCUCCUCAUUUGGCCCACCUUCCAGGGUGAUGGUAGUUCUCCAUAGGUGGCAUAUUAGUUGUAACUGCUACCAAAUUCUCUCUCAAAAAAAUGCUGAGGUCAAUGUUUUGAUUGAGCUCAAGUUAAAAACUGCUCCCCAGCAGAUAGACUCAGUCUGUUGGGUGCUUACUUGGAUUAGUGCUCUGCUUCCUGUCACGAAAAUUACUAAAAAAUGCCUUUUCCUAUGCCCAGCAGUAGAAUAAGUUAAUUUUCAGGUGGGACUGAACAAAUGUUAAAUGAUUAUACAAUCUGUUAGUAAGCUCUUUUACCUGGAAAAGAGUUACUGUCCCCUACCAACUUUGGUUGAAUAUUUUUAUUGAACUUAAAAUAUUAAAAUCUAAAAACAAAAAAAAGCCAAUCCCCUGAACUCAGUUAAGUUUAGAAAAAAAUUUGGUAGAUAUAGGCUUUGGAAAUGAAGUUUAUAAAUUAAUACAGCAACAAAACAAGUGUACCUCUUACAAAUAGACUUUACCACAAUAUUAAGGGAGAAGAGAACUGUCUCUGAAAUUAAAAAAUAUGUAUAUUUAACCAAAUGUUACUUUAUUAAAUGGCAUUUGUUUUGUCCUACCUUGAGGUAAUUGAGUUCCUGUUAGAAAUUAUCUAUGUCUUAACAGUUGUGUUAAUCUGGACGCAAUAUCAAUAGACUGAGUAUGGAAAAUAAUCGCCAUAAGCAUAGGGUUAUUGUUCUUACAUUAUUCGUAAAGUCAUGUCACAGAUAACCUUAGCCUUUUACCUCCUGAGCUGCUCUGCUAUGAUGAACUAGUGUUUGGCAUUGAUAAAUAUAAAGGCCAUGGUCUCAUAUCUGAAGUAGAGGUUUCUGAGGAGUUGGGGUUAUUCUUUUGGGGGGGAAAUUCUUCUUAGACAAUCUGGUCAUCACUUGUUAAUAUUUCUUUUACAUCCUUUCUAAAAAAUAAGAGGUAAUCACCUGAGAAAUUCCACUAACUAUAUCACUUCAUUUUUUUCCCAAGGCAUACCAGAUUCCCAAGGAUUUACCAAUGUUUAAAAAGCUUGCCUAUUUGGGUCAUUUUUUCUUAAUUACCGUACUCAAUUUCACAUGCAAAGAAGGUUGGCAGGCUGAUUUAGAAAGAAAGAGUCAAGUAUGCCAGUUGCUGAAUGCAUAUAGGAAUAAUGGUGUGUGUUAUCUAACCACUGGGGCAGUUCUAAUACCAUUGCUUCACGUACAAUGUCUAUUUGGAAGGGGAAAACACUUUUAGGAGGGUUAUAUCUUAAAGGAUUAAAGUGACUAAGAUAAAUAUGAAUUUCUCAUUGCUCAAGUGACUAGAAGUGUGGAAUUUUGAAAAGGGCAUUAUUUUUUUUUAGGACAUCAUGGUACUCUAUAGUGAACUAUAGCAGUAAUUUAUUGAAAUGGAAGUACUUGUCCUGGAAGAGUUAAUAUACUACUCACAUGCCCUAACUCAGUCCCGGGAAGUAAUUUAGGCCUACAAAGAAUCUAACUAGAUUUCAUCUGACCUCCCAAACUUACUCUGAAACAGAUAUUUGCAAAAAUUCUAAGAAUGCCAAAAUACAUCCUAAAAUAUAAGAUCAUGAUUUGCAGGUAAUACUCAAACUCUGCCUUUUUCGAUAGUUUGUGUGUAACUCUCCCUGGUUUUUCAAUUUUACUUUUAUUGUUUUGUCCAUUUGUAAAAUGUUGGAAGUGUUCCAAUUAGAAACUUAUCUACUGCUAGAAGAUGGCCAAUCAACUCUUAGAAGAGAAGAAACCUGCAGAAAAUUUAUCAGAUGUGUAGAAUAUUUUAUUGUUGAUGUGUUUUUUUCCCUUAAAGUGAGAGAUUUCAAGUUCGUAAAAACCACCCCUUUUCUGAAUGU